UGUGUCUGGUAAGUUGAACAUUGUGGCAGAUGCGUUGUCCAGGUUGGAGGAAUAGAAGUCCCCUAAAAUACUCUAGGUAGUGUGUAUAGUUGUAUAUAUGUUUAUGCAUGUUGUUCUUGGCAGUUAUGAGAUUCUGUCUAAAUGAUGUAGACAGGUGAGUUAUUUUGUAUCGGGUAUGUCAGUGAGUGUUUGGGUUGGACAAAAAUGUUAUUUUGUCUCCUUAGUGGGGAGGAUUGUAAAGUUUUUGAGUUAUCCUUCUUUGAGUGUUACCUGGAUUUAAAUCUUAGUGAUUUAUAAAUAGAACAAAAGUAAUCAAGUUUGACAAACAGGUAAUGUGAAGGUGAAAAACUGGUUAGGCAGGUUAAUUUAGAAACACUAGUCUUGAGAUAGGGUGUUGUCAGUAUAACGCCUGGACAGUGUUGAAGUCAGAUGUUGAGAACUGACUGGAACUUGGAGUUGGAGUUUGACUAUUGUCAGGGCAGAUAUUAUAUCAGGAAUGAUCAGUUCAGGAGAAUUCAUUAAUAUUUUGUCCAUCAGGACAAUAAAGAACUCCCAGAUAUUUGAACGGAUUUGCAUGGAACCACGGAACUAGACAUGGAAAACAUUAGUGUAGCAGUACAGAAGGCUGAUUUCUACAAUCUUGAAUCAUUCGAUAAAUACAAAUGGCUUGUUUUUAUUCAAGCAGCUUUUUUUGCUUAUAUCCUUUCAUUCAUAAGUUCAAUGAACUUUUCAAUUGUUCGAUCAGUAUGGGGCAAACCUAAACUACAAAAUCAAGCCAACAUUCUGCUGUGUGUAUUGUUGAUUAUAGAAACAUUAUUUUAUGCGCAGUUUACCAUAACAUCUACUGGUAUGAUGUUAAGCGGGAAAAUAUGGCUGAAUCGAACGACAUGUAAAUUAUAUUUAUUUUUCGUACUAGGUACUAUGUUCCUUCCGCAUAUCCUGUUAACGUUAGCAGCGAUUGAAAAGUUCACAUAUAUUGUCUUCCCUUUCAAGUAUGAGCGUAUUUUCUCUUUAGAGAAGACAAUAAUGUAUUUAAUCUUAUGUUUUAUUUUCAUAAUAAUAUUCCUAAUAAUCACAUGUGUAACAGCGGAUGACAUUUCGUUUUCUCCAACGUAUUUAGCUUGUUUUCUAGAUCGUCAUGAUAUGAACACGGCUGCGGCAUUGUAUGGUGUAAUUACUAUGAUUAAUGCUGUAUUUCAAGUUGGAAUGUUUUCUUUCACAAUUACAAAAAUGAAAAUUUCAAAACAUUUAAAAUUAGCCGACCAUCAUAUGUACACCAGAUUGUGGAAAAAUGCAUUGAAUUUAUUUACAAUGACUAUUCUAAAUAUUUCUUCUUGUGUACUAUUUCUUGUAUUUUUUAAUAUCGACGUACCUUCCAUUUUUAGACGAAUUUCAUGUAUAUACAUCAAGUCAGUAAUGCCAUUUGCAGACACUCUGAUAAUAUUGCUUGGAAACAAAUCCAUUCGGAAAUCAAUUAUGUUCAGAAAUAAAAUCAGAACCGUGUAGUUUGAAACAAAUGAAAUUUUGUAAUGGCUUGUGUUAAAAAAAAUUUAAAAAUCAGUUGUUUCUAUCAAAAUGUAAUUGUAGUCACAAUUUCAAAGGCAAAAUUGUUUCUACGUAUAGGUUAGACAAUACUUGGUUUUUUUCUGAAUAUAUAACACCUAAGGUGUAGUCGAUGAUUAAAAAUGUUCAUAAAACAUGACCAAGUAUUUUCUGACCAAUUAAGAACAUAUUCACACCUUGGAAUACAUUACAAAACUAUCUUUCUUUAAUUUUCCUCGGAGUUCUGUAUUUAUGUUAUUUUACUUUUUUCCCAUUCUAAUAUUCAAACCUUAAUAAGAAUUGGUUAAUAGAGAGAAUGUAAAUCAUAUGUUAUGGUCAUUUCAAUGAAAUAGCGCUGAGAUAGUUUUGUGAGGACAAAUAAGAUAAACUGUUCAAAAAUUUAGUUUUUUUCCGCCUCAGGAAAAAUUUAAUACUUGUAUAUCUUAAAUUUCUUGAUUAUAAAAUGUAAACAAUGUUACAUAAAUCAUCUUUUUCAAGUUUGUUUAUUUUUUGAUAAUUUUAAAACUCCCUCAAUAAAUAUGAUUAUAACGAUAAUUCAACAUCAGAUGCUUACUGUUUAU